AUGGCGGCAGUAGCACAAGCCGGCCUUACAAUCACAACACUGUCGUCAGGAAGUGGCCUUCCAAUAGACAGUAACUGGCCGCCACUUACAACACCUUUCACGCCACCAGCUGGCUGCACUGAUCAUUGGAUAGCGAUUGGCAGAGAAGGAGACAAUUCUGUAUCGAUGUUACAACCCUCCACCUGCACACCAGACGCUACGAGUAUCCACAGCCCAGGCACAUGUAUGGACGGGUACUACGUUGCAAGAAUAGUAGAAUACAGAACUGCGGGAUAUAAACCAGGCGAUGAUCGAUUAUGGGGAGCCAAUUGCUGCAGAAAUGAUAUGACUUCAUCUGGUGAAUUCGCUAUUUGCACCUCAUAUUACAAUACCCCCAUCACCGCGUACAAGAGGCGGACUUACGUCUAUACCAACGAUGUCAUUAGCACUUCAGUCUAUACCGCCGCAUACGACAACACGACAGUAUAUUCUGUUGGGAAUAUGUACAUGCCUCCAUUUGUUGUCCUUUGGCAAGCGUCCGAUCUUUCCAAAUUCGACGUGGACUACGCAUCAUCACUCGCAGCACAUUUAACUCUUGACUUUACGCCGACGCCAACGGCUGGCGUUACACCUGCAACGGCAUCGCCCCCAAGUCGAAGCGCACCUCCAUCAGCAACGGGGUCUGUCCUUUUUGAUCCUAGCCUGACCAACUCGGGCCUUAGCACUGGAGCCAAAGCAGGAAUAGGCGUAGGUGCUGCGAUCGGUGCACUAUUCUUAUCUCUCCUUGUAUUCUUAUUGUACAAGCAAAGACUGCAACAGAAAUCAAAACUAGACAGGAAUUCAGCUAUUCAAAAUGAACAGCCAGAGCUCAGGCAGACAAACGCAGCAUAG